AAGAACUCCUCCGAUCUUCUCUCGACAGCAUCAUUUGACCCGAGGUCUCUUGGGGCAAAAGAACUGAUCUUCACAUAUAGCCUCCGUUAGAAUGCUGCCUCCAUUACUUCACAUUAUUCCUUGUCAAAGAGGACCAGUAAACAACCAGCAAAGCCUUGCUGAAAAUGGAUAUGAACUUCACAACACAGUGAACAUCAGGAGACAAAGAGGGCCUCUUGAAAUGAACUCUUCUGGCAACAGAACUGUAAUCAAGCCUGGUGUUCAAACUGCUCAAGAUGGCGUCUCCAGGCACAGCCUGCCACCUGCCUCGGAGCCAAACAACAACAGAGUGCAGGACAAGGAAGACUCUCUUAAUCCCACAGGCGAAAGCACUCCAACCAGAGGUUCUCAGCUCAAUGGACAUACAGUACUACCCAGGAGGUCUACAGAGGCAAGAGAUGACGUCAACCAAGGCCUUCCAGAGACAGAGAGCUCUGUUAAAGCCUGGUCAUUGAGCAAUAUUCAAAAGCAAGCUAAGAGAACGUAUCAGGGAAUAAGGAAAUGGGUGGUGAUGCUGUUCCUGUACUUGGCAGGACCCGUCCUGACGAGGCAGAGAUGGAACAACACAUCAGACAGCAUUAUGGGGCUGUUGGCUGUAGUGGUGGGCCUGGGAAACUUGUGGCGAUUCCCAUACUACUGCUACAAACAUAAAGGAGUGUACUUCAUCAUUGCCUACGGUGUCACCAUGCUGACAAUUGGUUUCUUCUUGAUGGUGGUCGACAUAUCCGUUGGAUAG